AUGUCAGCGGAACAGGAGAAGGACCCCAUCGCGCUGAAGAGAUCCCGAGGUGGUGACAGUGGAUUGGAUGGGUUAGGAGGACCAGGAGUUCAGCUUGGGAGCCCUGAUAAGAAAAAGCGCAAAGCGAAUACACAGGGGUCGUCAUUUCCUCCUCCAUCUGAAUAUGCUCCACCACCGAACCCAAGCUCUGACCACCUUGUAGCUGCAAAUCCAUUUGAUGACAACUAUAAUACUGUGUCUUAUAAACCACUUCCUUCAGGAAAUCCAUAUUUUAGUAAUCCUGGUUAUCCUGGCUUUGGAGGCUAUAACACUUUCAGAAUGCCACCUCACAUGCUGCCCAGAGUGUCCUCACCAUAUGGUGGUUCUUACUCCCUCAGAAACCAGCCACAUCCUCUUCCUCAAAACCCUGUUGGCAUGGGUUUUAGUCGACCCCACUCUUUCAGCUUUGGUCCUCAUGAUAACCCAGGUUUUGGGAAUCAACCACCUUAUGGCAGUGGUCAGAUAAAUCAAAAUGUCAAUAUGUCUGCUCAGCAUUUCAGACCAAAUCCUGGGGAGAACUUUGGCCAUUCUGGUCAGAUACCUCACCCUGAUGUGCCAACUAACUUUGGUCCUGGAAACAAUCCAAAUUUUCCAAAUUCUCAGCUAGAGUCAAACCAUUCUUUUGUUCCUCCACCAAACACGUACAACCAGACAAAAUCAUCAGCACAAAAGCAAGACUUUAGUCAAGGUGCAAGCAAAGCAUCCAGCCAGAGCACUGCUGCUCAUCAGCAUCAUCACAGGACAGAGGACGUUGUGAGCCAAGGUAACAGCGACCUGAAAAACGUUACUCGAAACAAUGUGGUGAACCAGGAUAACAGCCAUUCUAACAGUGCUGAGAACACCAAUGCUGGCCACUCAAAUGGGACCCAGAGCAAGUCCCGCCAGCCUCGAGGUACUGCUGAAGGGUGCAACUCUGAAAAGAGCAGCAAAACCCCCCUCCAUCCCAGUCGUCACGGCCACUCGUCCUCUGAGCCCGUGUACCCGUGUGGGAUUUGUACACAUGAAGUCAAUGAUGACCAGGAUGCCAUCCUGUGCGAAGCCUCUUGUCAGAAAUGGUUCCACCGGAUCUGUACAGGCAUGACAGAGUCGGCCUAUGGGCUCCUGACGGCAGAGGCAUCGGCAGUGUGGGGCUGUGACACGUGCAUGGCUGACAAGGACGUGCAGUUAAUGCGCACCAGGGACACUGCAGGGCCACCUGCACUCAACACAGAGGGCUGA